AUGAAGGCGACCGUCGUCACCGUUCUGGCGUGGCCGGUCUUCAAGCUCUCAGCCGGUGCCCGGGAAGUCGACCAAAGUGAUCGAUCUUUGGGAUCCGGAUCGAGACCGAGAACACCUCCAAGCUCCUCCAGCCGACCGACGCAUACCCCUUCUCCCGAAAAUAAGACUUUCCAGUCUCCCGAACGAAAGGCGUAUUCUACUUAUACGUCCUCUGCAUUAGGAGAAAGUUGGGAUGCAUCCGAAGGCGGAGAUAUCGACGGAGAUGAUGACGACUUGGUCUACGAAGAAGAUGAAGACGAGUUCGGACUCCCGAGCAUCGCAAGCAUGCGUCGGAAACGCAGUGUGAAGAACAGACCACUCCAAUCCCAGACAGUGACAUACCCCAGGUUGGCUCAAACCGCAUCUGCUCCUGCACUUGCCCCUGCGGCUUCGCUAGGCCGUGCAAGGUCGGGUAGCUUCGAUAUUGCCGAAGAACGGAAUCCUCUGUCAUAUCCGAGCGCAAAGAAGGGAGACGGGAAGAUCCUCAGGCCGCAAUAUAAGGACAUACUGAAGGAUCCAGCCAACUCAUUGCAUCUCAUAAGCCACCCUGUUUUGCCACCUAAUGCAACGCCGAAGGAAGCGGAGGCUCACAGCACGAGGAUAUCCCGAAUUAACAAGUUCAAGAGAAUCUUGCAAGCGACAUCGGUGUCUCUGCCGGACUUACGAGCUGCAGCAUGGUCGGGAGUGCCUGAUGAGGUGCGAGCGAUGACCUGGCAACUACUGUUAGGACACUUACCCACCAACAGCGAACGUCGAGUUGCUACUCUAGAACGGAAACGCAAAGAGUACCUCGAUGCUGUUCGCCAAUCAUUCAGCUCAGGCACCAUGGGGAGCCGUAACGGUUCUAAUACCGGUCUGGCCGGGCUUGCGUCCCAGCCGCCCGUCACGACCGGUCGGGGUCGAGGUCUGGACGAGGCUGUCUGGCAUCAAAUUAGCAUUGACGUGCCACGGACCAAUCCUCACAUUCCACUCUAUGGUUACGAAGCCACGCAACGGUCGCUUGAGCGCAUUUUGUAUGUCUGGGCAAUCCGGCAUCCUGCCAGUGGCUACGUGCAAGGGAUCAACGAUCUCGCCACGCCUUUCUGGCAAGUAUUUUUGGGCACGUACAUUACGGACCUGGACAUCGAGAGUGGCAUGGACCCGGGGCAACUGCCCAAGGCCGUGCUUGACGCUGUCGAGGCGGACACGUUCUGGUGUCUGACGAAACUCCUGGACGGCAUUCAGGACAACUACAUCGUGGCUCAGCCGGGUAUUCACCGGCAAGUUGCAGCAUUGCGAGACCUCACCACACGGAUUGAUGUGGGAUUGGCCAAACAUUUUGAGGAGGAGCAUGUGGAGUACAUGCAAUUCAGCUUUCGGUGGAUGAACUGCCUGCUGAUGCGGGAGUUGAGUAUCAAAAAUGUGAUACGGAUGUGGGACACAUAUAUGGCGGAAGAAAAUGGAUUUUCACAGUUCCACCUCUAUGUAUGUGCGGCGUUUCUGGUGAAAUGGUCGGAGCAGUUGAUGAAGAUGAACUUUCAAGAAAUCCUGAUGUUCCUGCAAGCCCUGCCUACGCGUGAUUGGACGGAGAAGGACAUUGAACUGCUGUUGAGUGAGGCUUUUAUUUGGCAGAGUCUGUUCCGAGGCUCGAGGGCGCAUCUGCGGACUUCGAAUAGCACUAUCCCAAUGGGCUCAUUGGGACCUUCGACUUAA